AUGAGGGCUGUUUUGACGGACGCCCAAAAUCCCAUCACAUGGGAAGUGUUCAGGAGCAAAUUUUAUGAAGAAUACUUCCCGGAUAGCGUCUGUUUUGCAAAAGAGGUGGAAUUCCUUCAACUGAUACAAGGUGGAAUGUCUGUCUCGGAGCAUACUAAUAAGUUCAAACACCUUGUCCGUUUUAAUACGAUGGCCACCAGUGAGGAGUGGCAGUGCAGGAAAUUUGAGAACGGGCUAAGAAGUGACCUGAAGGUACUGAUUUCCAGUUUAUGUAUCCGAUCGUUUCCUGCCAUGGUGGAGAGAGCCAAAGUAUUAGAGAAGAAUAUGGCAGAAGUAGAACGACAGAAGAAGCAACAACAGGUGGUUAGGGGACCGACCGUGACCAGGAAUAAUGUUAAUCUGAGAAGGACACCUUACACACGUCCAAAUCAACCAUCAAAUGCAAGUGGGUCUCAAGCACUGGUUCCUGUUGGACAAGUUGGGCAAGGAAACGUGACUUGUUUCCAAUGUGGAGGACCACACUAUCGUUCGUCCUGUCCUCAACUGAUGGGAGGAAAAUUUUGCGUUCGUUGUAGAAGAAAUGGGCACUUGGAGAAUGAGUGCAACAUGGGUGGACGCGCUGUGAUGAGACCCCCGAACGCUGGGAGAAAUCAACCAAGAGGAGGUGGACGAGCCCAAGCUGUUGGGCGUGUAUAUGCUCUGACUGGUGCGGAGGCAGAAAGCUCAGGUAAUCUCAUAUUCGGUGAUUGCUUGCUGUUUGGUAAACAUUGCUAUGUGUUGUAUGAUUCGGGGGCGACCCACUCCUUCAUCUCGAAGGCGUGUGUUGAAAAACUGGACUUAGAAGUGAGAGAGAUGCAGUUCGACCUGGUGGUGUCAACCCCAGCGGCUGGCGAGGUUAGGACGUCCACUAUGUGCGUCAGAUUGUCCCAUAGAAGUGGAAGGGCGUAA